AUUUAUGCGAAAGAAAAGCUGGCCGUGGUGCUGAAAACGCGUUCCGACCGCCGUGCUGCUGGAGCAUUUGUACGUUUCAUAGAAUACCUAUACGAACACAUUUUUGUACGAGAACAAAAAGAAUAUAAAUAAAAAACAAAAAAAACAAAACGUCCAGCAGUUUGUGUAGGAACAGAACAUCCAAGAAGAAAUAAGUUCCGUAACUUUUCGUGGUAACUUGUUACUGAGAAGAAGGAGAACAAAACGAAGAAAAGAAUCGGCUUUCCCCUCCAGGAUUCCAGGUGCCCCCUUCCCUGCCUCCCUCUCUGCAUGGUCAUGAUCUCAGGGUGUCUCUACCUGCUGCUGAUCCUGCACAGUAUCGACCAUCAGCUCACAGCUGCCGCCCCGGUGGUUGCCGAGGGGAACGGCGAGGACGCACGCCAUGCAGCAGCUCCUGUGGGCGUCGCCCAGGUGGUGGAGGGGCCGGUGGGGGCGGAGGCAGAGAGGGACGGUCUAGGCCACGCCCCCGCCCUUGCGGAGGCAGCGGCGUCUCUGCUGGGGGCCCGGGGCCCACCCCAGGGGGGCGGGGCGGAUGAGCAGCAGCAGCAGGCUGCCGAAGUGAGGGAGGAGGAGGAGGAGGAGGACAGGAGGAAGAGGAGGUCAGAGUCAGAGGAGGGCGGACAGGAGGAGAAGGGGGCGUCGAGCGAAGGGGAGGCGCAGCGGGAGGAGGAGUCGAGCCUGCAGGAGGCGCUGGAGGAGCUGUGGAGCUACGGCUCCCCCGCGGGCGGGAGAGGGAGGCAGCAGGGGGCGCUGCAGCGCGCGGCUCGGGGCUACUUCCCCAACAUCGACCUGGGUCUCCAGGACAACGAGAUCCUGCCGCCACUCAAGGGCUACAAGCUGUACAACCAGGAGCUGGCGCGGUCCGGCAAGAAGCUGAAGUGGCAGGAGGGGGGAGGGAAGAACGGGCCGCUCUACAACACGCUCAACCCCGUCGCCUCCGACGACGACGUCUUCACUCCGGAGGAGGAGGACGAGGAGGAGAUGCUGACGCGGGAGGAAGAGGAGGCUCGGGCUCGAGCAGAGCAGGAGGAGAUCAGGAGGCAGGUGGCGGAGGCACAGAGGAACAGGGAGGAGGAGGCGAAGUUGGCGGACAUGGCCUCCGACAUGCUGCUGCAGUACAUGGUGAAGAAGCAAGGGGGCGCUGGCGGGUUCCCCCGCAGGAAGGCGAUUCUCGGGAACGCUGUGGAGGACAAGCGCUCCGAGGAGGUGGAGGAUGACGACGAUGAAGAGGACGUGGACCCUCAGACCAUCGACAAGCUGAUCGAGAUCUCCAGCAAGCUGCACCUGCCGGCCGACGAUGUGGUCGACAUCAUCAGCGACGUGGGCAAGAAGAAGAGGAGGAAGAAGAAGAAGAAGGACUCUCCCGAAGUCAUCCCCCGCUACCGGCCCCUCAUGCCCCCGCCGGCCUUCCUCCCCGUAUCCCCGUACCCCGCCCCUCGCCCCCCCCUGCGCAAGCAGCCAGCCCCCUACCUGGGCUCGUACCCCUCCCCCUCCAGGAAGUGGUACCAGGACAAAGGGAAAAUGAAAGGCAGCAAACAGAAGUACUGGGGCAAGCCGCCCAAACAGCUCCUGGCCUACCCCUCCUACCCCUUCUACCAGAAGCCGUACCGCGCCUACUACCCCGUCUACUUCCCCUCGCCCCACCCCAAAUCCCGCUACUUUGCCAAGCCAGCGCUCUCGCUGGACGACCUCCUGGGCAACUCCAUGGACUACGACUUCAAGCCCCCCAAACAGUGGUACCCCCCCUGGAAGAGGCCGGCCCCCCCGCAGAGCCCCUACAUCUCCAAUUACAUCCUUCCGCACCCCCGGACUUACCAGGCCCCGCCCCUGCCCAAGCCCCGCCCCCCUCUGCUGCAGCGUCAGUCUGUCUACUACCUUCCCGCCGCCGCCAUGGCGCCCAGAGAUGACGAGUUCUACGGACAGGCGGGACAGCAGGACAGCGACGAGGAGCUGGAGAACUUUAUGGAGAAGGUCUACAUGAAGCGCAGAAUGUACUAGUGAGGGACAAACGAGAGGACUACUAGGGGCGAGGUGAACAGACGGACGGACAGACAGACAGACAGACAGAGAGGGAGAGAGGGAGACGGAGGGAGAGAGAGAGAGAGGGAGAGGGAGGGGAAGAGAGAGAGAGAUGGAGACAAAGAUGCAACGGUGGAAAGAUUGCAUUUUACGAUUUAUUUCUGUUUCCACUGUGUUGUUGUGUGCUGGGAAACGGAGAAACGAGCCUCUCUUUUCUCCUCCUGUUUAUCUUGUGGCGGCCAUGUUGUCUAUUGCUUCAUUUGUUUCAGUCAGAGACUUUCUCUGCUGCCAUUCAGGUCAGUCCACUCUUGCAUGCUCCUCGAGUCGAAAAGAUAAAAUUACUCGUGUUUUUAUUUUAUUGUAUUUUUUGUUGAUUUUUUACAAAGGGCCAAAUGCAAGAGAAGUUUACACCUUUUUUUGGUUAUUUGAUAGGGAUACACUUGCAAAUCUGUCCCCUUUACACAGAACCAGUGUGUGCACUGUGGAAAAAAAAAAGAAAGCAAACGAGCUUUCAAUCAGCGCUAACGUUAAUUAGCCCCGGUGAGCGUUCAUAACGCGGAGGCUGCCAUGGCAACGUCUCCGAAAAACACCCCCGUCAUAAUGGAGGGAAAAAACAAAAACAAGUGAGGUCACAAUCACGCUGUGACUGAAGCCUUUGUCCGUGAGCCGAUCGGUUUAGAAACGCCUUCGUGACCUCAGAUUAUUUAUUUAUUGAUUUUAUUUUAACCUUCCACAUGUGAUUGUUACAAACAAUGCUCAGUUAUGUACAGGGAUAGUUUGUAUCUGUAGUCAUAAUUACAAAAAGAAGAAAAAAAAGAAAGAAAAUGAUUAUUUUUUAAAUUUAAUGUAUUUAUUGUAUUUUCUGAAAGUGGUGCAAAAGACAUUCAUACAUUCAAAAUGUUUCUGCGAAACCAAGUGACGUGAACACGGACUGUGUGAACACAGUUUAACUGCCUUACAACCAAUCAACCAAUGGCUGGGCAGGACCCCAGUCCUACUUCCUAGGGAUUGGCUGGCCUGGAGUUUGAGAGAAAAGCAAGGCAUAAUGUGACUAGUCACCAUAGUUUUGAUCACUUGGUUUGGGGAAGGGGGGGGGGAUAGGAUGUGAAUUUUCAGCUGUGCGGUUGCCUCUACACCCCAAAUCCCCCACGACAUUCAGCACAAUCCACUGCAUUUCAGCACAGAAACAAACCAAACCUCUCUGUUUCCUCUUUACCAUCAAACACACAGAAACAAGCCAGACCUCUCUGUUUCCUCUUUACCAUCAAACACCUUGCAGCUUGCAAAAACCAAGAUACAAAACAGCACAAUGACAAUCACUAAUGAGGAAAACCACAAAAUGAGUGAAAUGCAAGACCUGAGGGGACACCCCCAUACCCCCUCUUGGCACACACCAUACCCCCUCUGGGACACCCCUAUACUCCUUCUGGGACAACCCCAUACCCCCUCUGGGGCACCCUGUACCCCCUCUGGGACACCACCAUAUCCCCUCUGGGAUACCCCCAUAACCCCUCUGGCACAUCCCAUAACCCCUCUGGGACACCCCCAUACCCCCUCUGGCACACCCCCAUACCCCCUCUGGGACACCCCCAUACCCCCUCUGGCACACCCCAUAACCCCUCUGGGACAGCCCCAUACCUCCCCUGGGACAGCCCCAUACCCCCUCUGGGACACCCCCAUACCCCCUCUGGCACACCCCAUAACCCCUCUGGGACAGCCCCAUACCUCCCCUGGGACAGCCCCAUACCCCCUCUGGCACACCCCUAUACCUCCUCUGGGACACCCUGUACCCCCUCUAUAACACCCCCAUACCCCCUCUGGGACACCCCAUACCCCUCUGGCACACCCCCAUACCCCCUCUGGCACACCCCUAUACCUCCUCUGGGACACCCUGUACCCCUCUAUAACACCCCCAUACCCCCUGUGGGACACCCCAUACCCCCUCUGGCACAACCCCAUAUCCCCUCUGGGACACCCCCAUACCCCCUCUGGCACACCCCAUAACCCCUCUGGGACAGCCCCAUACCUCCCCUGGGAUAACCCCUCUGGCACACCCCUAUACCUCCUCUGGGACACCCUGUACCCCCUCUAUAACACCCCCAUACCCCUCUGGGACACCCCAUACCCCCUCUGGCACACCCCCAUAUCCCCUCUGGGACACCCCCAUACCCCCUCUGGCCAUUUAGCAGCUUGCGCUACAGAGAGGGCAGAGUGAAGCUUCAGGGGCCCCAAAAUGGGUGGAGCUUGCGUGCAGUUGUCACACGAUCCAAGUCAUUUCAGCCAAUCGGAUCUUUCAGGGUCAGGGUCGACUGUAUUUCAAUGCAGUUGACUCAGGAAGUCAACUGAAAAAUGGCCGUCAAUGAAGCCGACUGAACUGAAAUGGAAUUGAGCCCAACCCCUGCUCAGGUUGCUGUGCUAAACAGAGCUGUUUUCAUUGGCUCAUUGAUUGAUUGACAGAACACAGUAAACCCACCCAUUGUGGGGAUGAGGAACCUGCUCUCAUCAGUACUACCAAACAUGGACUGGGCAGAGAGACAGAGUAGAAACAUUACAAACAUUUAUGUUUUUUCUUUGGAGAAAUUUGAGAAAUAAAAAGGAUGGACAGUAAUGAAAGGAAUUAGGAGGAAGAGAAGGAGAGGAGGAAGGGAGAGGUGAGCCAAAAGAGAUUAAGAACGAAAGAAUCUGCACGUCUGUGUGUACUUGCAUCUCCUAAAAAAAAAAAACUUAAAAAAAAAAACUUAAAAAGUUGCUUCUUUGAAUAAACUGUGAUCAUUGCAAAAAGUAAAAAAAAAAAUUAAAAAAAAAGUAAGAAAAAAAACCGUGUACUGAUGAUGACUAGCGUACCCGAGUAAACGUUUUGAGUCUUGUGAAAGGACGCGUCUUUGUUCCUGUUGUUCCAGAUGUGUGUUGUGCAUUGCUGAAUAAACACGCGUGGCCUGGGUGUAAAUAACAGCAUGUCUAUUACUAGUUUUGCUAAAAGAGACAAAUGAAUAAAAGCAACUAUUUUAUUA